AAGUGCCGUAGACACCUGAGUUCAGGGGAUCAUUUCAACGGAAGCAUUUACCAACAGUGAUUGCAGAUAGUCCCAUCACAUCCACGAUUCCAUCAUGGACCAAACUCUGUAUUCAAGCAAAAUAGUAGAGGACCAACCUUCCAGAACAAAGAAAACAAGGCGAUGUGAUGGCUUCAAGAUGUUUUUGGCAGCCCUCUCCUUUGCCUAUAUAAGCAAGGCACUAGCUGGAGUCAUUAUGAAAAGUUCCAUCACGCAAAUAGAAAGGAGAUUUGACAUCCCAUCUUCCUUUGCUGGUUUGAUUGAUGGAGCAUUUGAAAUUGGGAAUUUGCUGGUUAUUAUAUUUGUGAGUUACUUUGGAUCCAAACUACACAGACCAAAGUUGAUUGGAAUUGGUUGUUUCAUCAUGGGCCUUGGAAGUAUUUUUACUGCCAUGCCACAUUUCUUCAUGGAAUAUUACAGGUACUCAUCAGAGGAUGACAUCAACUCUCUAAGAAACUCCACAUGGAUAUGUUUAGCAAAUCAAACUACAUCACUCACUGGAGCCUCACCUGAGAUAGUGGGGAAAGACUGUGAAAAGGUAUCCAAGUCACGCAUGUGGAUUUUUGUGUUGAUGGCAAACAUGCUUCGUGGGAUAGGGGAAACACCAAUAGUGCCCCUGGGAGUUUCCUUUAUUGAUGACUUUGCAACAGAAGGGCACUCUUCUGUGUAUUUAGGUAUUCUGAAUACAGUAGCAAUGAUUGGUCCAAUCAUUGGCUUUCUCAUGACAUCUGUGUUUGCUCGGAUGUAUGUUGACAUUGGAUACGUAGACAUGAGAAAUAUCAGAAUAACUCCCUUGGAUGCUCGUUGGGUCGGUGCCUGGUGGCUCAGUUUCAUUGUGUCUGGAAUAUUUUCCAUUAUUUCUUCUAUACCCUUCUUUUUUCUACCCAAAAUUCCAAAUACAUCACAGAGAGAAAGGAAAAAUUCAGCAUCUCUGAAUGUACUCAAGACAGAUGAAGGAAAGAAUCACAUGACUAAUUUGGUGAAACAGGAGAAAAAAGCUGCUGUCGACAUGACCGGUUUCCUAUACUCUCUGAAAAGCAUCCUUACCAACAAGCUAUAUGUCAUAUUCUUGGUGCUGACAUUGCUACAAAUCAGCAGCUUUAUUGGCUCCUUUACUUACAUCUUCAAGUUUGUAGAGCAACAGUUCAGCAAGUCGGCAUCACAGGCCAACUUUGCAUUAGGAAUUAUAACUUUACCUACUAUGGCACUUGGGAUGUUUUUAGGAGGAUAUAUCAUUAAAAGAUUCAGAUUGACCCUGAUUGGAAUCGCCAAGUUUGCGUUAUUCACCUCCUCAAUAUCCUAUGUCUUUCUGCUAUUAAAUUUUCUUCUAAUCUGUGAAAACAACCCAUAUGCUGGCCUGACCUUGACCUACGAUGGAAUGAACUCAGUGGACUCGCACAUAGAUGUACCACGUUCCUAUUGCAAUUCAGACUGCAGUUGUGAUCAAAAUCAAUGGGAGCCCAUCUGUGGAAAAAAUGGAGUGACAUACAUUUCACCUUGUCUGGCAGGAUGCAAAUCUUCUAGUGCUGAUAAGAACCUUAAUGGUACAGUAUUCUAUGACUGCAGCUGUAUCAGAGACUCCGGUUUCCAGACCACCAAUCACUCAGCCCAUUUGGGUGAAUGCCAGAAAAACAAGUGCCAAAAAAAAUAUUACUUUUAUAUAACUUUUCAAGUUGUGAGUUCUUUCUUUGUUGCAAUGGGAAGCACCUCUUUUAUCAUGAUUGUGUUGAAGACUGUCCAACCUGAAUUGAAAUCACUUGCAAUGGGUUUCCAUUCACUGGUUAUCCGUGCACUAGGAGGAAUUCUAGCUCCCAUCUAUUAUGGGGCAUUCAUUGACAAAACAUGUAUGAAGUGGUCUGUCACCAGCUGUGGAACACGAGGUGCUUGUAGGGUAUAUAACUCUACAUUGUUUGGAACUGUCUACUUGGGUUUGAACACAUCUUUAAAAACUCCAGCACUUCUUUUAUAUCUUGUAUUAAUUUAUGUCAUGAAGAAAAAAUAUGAAAGAAAAGAUAGCAAGACAUUGGAAAAUGAUGGAAAAGUUACAGAUGAAGGAAACCAAGAACCCUUAAAUAAAAAUGGAUACCAUUCUGUACCUCUUGGUACAUCACACAAUGAAACACCUUUUUAAAGAAAGAAAAACAUACAUCUUCCAAACAGUUUCCUGGUUCUUUCAUUGAAGAUAUCCACGCUUUACAUACAAUGAAUAAUGGAUGAUCUAUGACUUUGUAAUAAAAAGAAGCUAUAAAUCAAAAUGAAUAGGAGCAUCCUUUUCUGGACAAAGCUGUGUAUUUGAGGCUAGGAUUGGAAUGUAUAAUCUGUACAAAUUUAAAGCAUCAGAGUGAGUUAGUUUACAAUAGAAAAGCAAGUAUUCGCUUAAACAUUCAUAACUCGUAAAACAAAUGGCUAGGAUUUGCAGAAGGGUAAAGGAAGGAGAUAAACUGGUUGACAGUAUAAGGAGAAAUACCUGAUAGCUUUGAAAAUAAAAGUCUGAAUAGUUCUAUUCAUGCCUGAAGCCCGCUGAUGGACUUCACAACAUAACCUCUUCUGUUAUCCAUGUUAACUUGUGUACUUUGCAGAAUAAUUAAUUUGUAAUUGCAUUUCACAGCAUACUCAUCUUCAAAACGGAGAUAUUAAAAAAUUACAAACCGUGGUAUUCAGAAAACCUAACACAGAAUGCAUUUUAAGAGCCAUGGAAAUGUUUGGAAAAUUCCACAGUGACUAAAGGAAAGAAAGACCAUUGAAUAAAUGAGCCUUUACUUCUCAUGUCAGCUCUCUGAGAUGAGUGUAUGUCAGCCAAAAUGUGUAUCAGAGAACAUCAGAGUUCUACUAUUUACCAAUGCUGUAUUUGCCUGGUUUUCUUGUUUUGGAUGUAAUACAUACACAUGUAUAUUCAUGUAAAUAAUCACUGAAAUGAAGAUAUGCCCUAGACUGAAUAAGACAAACAACUUGUGAUAUUGAAUUUUGAAAUGAGAUUGGAUGUAGUGUGAUGGAUGGUAGAGGUUGCACUUGCUUUAUUGUUUAAAAUGUUAAAACACUU